AUGGCGUCCGGCAUGAUGUAUGGUCUGCUCGCAGCAGUGCAUCUCGCCGUCGCCCCCCAGCGGUCGUACCUCUCGCCGGCCGGUUUCAUCUCCACUUCCCUCUUCGUGUUCCGGUGUUUGCCACCGCUUGCUCGGUCGUACCGUCGUAGUCUCGCCCUCACGCCGGACGUGACAUCCGACGCCUCGCCGCUGGCCGUGCCCACAACGAGGGUCUCCGUGGACAUGACGGGUUUCGGCGCGUCGAUCCUGGAGGCGGCGACGACAUUGAUGGUGGUGUUCACGGAUCACGGUGGACGCCGGCAUGCGGCGUGCGACCCAGGUCCCGGCGGUCGGCAACAGGGAGGGCGCCACAGAGACGCCGACUGGGCCGGCCCGAUGGCCAGUGCGGCCCUUGCGGCGCUGGUGCGCCCGGCCUCGUCGCUCGGUGAGCUGCGGGCCCGGCAGCGUCGAGACGGUGGUUGUGCAACCGCACAGGCCCAGAUGCCCUCAUUAGGAACUGUCAAAUGA